CCACCUCGACGCACAGAACUACCUAUCCUUCAAAUCCAAUGUCUUGCAACUGUGACUACGAGGAGAGUCAGCGAAGGCAACCUGCCUGCUACUUUUGGGGACACUUUGAAAUGUGACUCUCAUAAGUGCAACUGUUUACUUUUUUCUCAGGCUGAUGAGGCACGGGGCGCUCAAAAAGUGCAAUGUGAAUUCAUGUCGACUAGCAAGACUUGCAGAAUGCACUGAUACAAUGUAGACGCAUUAGAAAAUAAAUCCGCUAAGCACUCAGUGAUUUACAUUCAUUUAACCGGAUCGUACAAGUCUGUCUUCAGAAGGAUAUAUGUUGGGUAAAGGCGCAAAGCGGAAACUAGAUGAGGAUGAAGAGGGCCUGGAAGGCAAAGCGCUGGCGGCAGGGGCCGGGGCCGGAGCGAUGGCCGAAGGGCUCUCGAAGGUCUCCUACACCCUGCAGAGGCAGACCAUCUUCAACAUGUCUCUGGUGAAGCUGUAUAACCACCGGGCCCUCACCGAGCCCAGCUUGGAAAAGCGUGUACUCAUCAACAACAUGUUGAGGCGCAUCCAGGACGAACUGAAACAGGAGGGCAACCUGCGGCCGCUCUUCUUCCCACCUUCCCCUCCACCCGAUGACCCCGUGGAUGAAGGUUUCCGCGAGGUGCAGCCUGCUUUCAGUGUGUUGUCCAUGGUAGCUCCGCCGCUGUCUCAGUCGCCGGCACACUCCUCUCCGGUCCUUACAUCGCCAUCAUCAGGGCUGUCAAACCCAGCGCCUGUGGAGGCCUGUCUCACCCCAGCUUCACUUUUAGAGGAGGACAGUGUCACGCUUUGCACAUCACCCUCUCCACUCGCUCCUCCUCUUCCGCCAACUCUUCCCAGACUCCCUUCAUCUGUGGCCAGAGACAGCUUCUCUUCUGCCUUGGAUGAGAUUGAGGAGCUCUGUCCUUCACCUUUACCUAUAACUACAUCAGCGCCUGAUGCUACCUCCCCCUCAUCCCUUACAGUGCCCCUCCAAAUGCCGAUGUGCCCCCCCAGCCUAAACUCAGGGGCCUUGGACUCCAAAGACUGCAGUAAGCACUGCAGCCCAAAGCUUAAUGGGCUGGUCCCUAACACACCAGAUACUCUCCCUCCUAACAGCCUGGACAUGAGCACCUCACCCUCUGCCUCGUCCUCAGGAUUUUUGACAGAUCUGGCCCUAGACGACAUUCUGUUUGCAGACAUUGACACUUCCAUGUAUGACUUUGACCCCUGCACCUCGUCCUCGGGUGUGGCCCCCACGAAACUGGCGCCCAUGGUGACAGCGGACGAGCUCCUCAAGACUCUUUCACCCUACAGCGCUGCCGCUCCUGCUGUUGGUUCGAACCAGCCUUUCAAAAUGGACCUCACCGAACUGGACCAUAUUAUGGAGGUGCUUGUGGGAUCAUGACAAGGUUUGGAAGGGAACUGGGGAAAAAAAUGCAAAACCAAUUAAAGAGUUUUUACACAUGAACUGAGAAAGAAACUGAAGAAUUACAUUGUGAGUGUUUGUGGGCUUUUUGUACAGUUUUGUGUUCGUUUUGUUUUUUGAAGACAAAGAAAAUUGUCCAUUUUAAUGGUGAUGUUGCCCAGUACUACUUCUCAACACUGUGCAUGCACUAUGCUUGCCUUUCCCAAAAUAGAACAUGAAGAAAUCUUAUGGAACACACUUUGGCUUCUGGCAGAUCUGAGUGCCUUCAUCAUUUAUGACCACUUGGUAAAUUCCUGUUUGUUUGUCUUGUCUCAUUUUUCUCAUCACCAUUUCUAAUGGAACAUGAUGGAUUAUCAGAGGAGUAGCAUCUCUCUUUCCCCUUCUCAGUAUACAGGUGCAAGAACGUGCAACGGCAGCCUAUUUUCAAUUUUUUCUCUCAUUUUCACAAAGCACAAUUUUUUUAAGAGAGCAACUUGGUUGUUUUAUGUUAAUGUUAUUUUUUUUCUAUUCAGAGCUGUUUUAUUGCUUUUUAGUAAUAUUUAAAGUAUUCUGUUAAAAUGUGGUAAUUUAUUAUUUUUUGUCUGCUUUCAUUUUAACAUGCAUUAAAGGGAUAGUCCACCAUUUACUCACCAUAAUGUCCUUCCAGACCUGUAUAAGUGUCUUUCUUCUGUAGAAAAUAAGAUAUAAAAAAAAAAAAAAUUCCAUAAUGACAGUCAAUGGGGUUCAGUGUUGUUUUGCACCCUGUUUAACUGUCUUUAAAAUAGCUUUUCAUGUUUCACAGAAGAAGUAAAGUCAUACAGGUUUGGAAAAACAUGGUGAGUAAAUGAUGAUAGGAUAUUAAUUUCAGGUGAACUACCCCUUUAAGCUUCAUUUAGUAAAAAUUAUACAUUAAUGAAAUAUACACAUUUAUGGAAUAUGCUUUACUGCAUUGUCUUAUACAUGGAUGUGUGUAGUGGUCAGAUAUUUACAGUCACCCAAACAGAUUUCUUGUGAACUGCCAUACUGGCUCAGAUUCCAUGUGUUUACAUCUCAGCUGGCAAUAAGUGAACAUUUAUUCUGAUGCACAUUGUUUUACAGAUACAUUUCUUUGAUAAGGCAAUGCUAAAACCCUUUAUGCUUCAAAUAACAUAUGCAAUCAGUGCUUUUCUGAUCAGUAAUAAGCAAACUGUCCACUUUCCUCAGCCAUUUUUAUCUGUGUCAAGGCAUUGUUGUAACUUCCCCUUUUUAGCCUUUGCUUUGGUUUUAUUUCAUCACUCAGUGAGUGGCUGGUUCAGUUUUAAUUCUGCACUAAUGCACAACAAGAUGAUCUAUGCAUGUUUGAUCAUGCAAAAUGGGGGAAAACUGUACCGGACAACAAAGUUUGUGGUUGCUAUUCAGUUGAUUCAUUAUCAUCUGUUUGCCAAACAUUUCUUUCAUAUGCGUCUCUCACCAGUACAAAGGUACAUUUCUGUUAACAUACUAAUGCAUGCAGGAUUAUAGCUCAUAAUUGUACAGAUGUCAGAUGGUUUUUGUAUGGUUUGUUCAUCGUAUUUCAUCAAAUUUAUACCAUUGUGUGUUUGAGUUUUAUUAAUGGGAAUCUGUUCAUGUUCCAGUCAGACUCUCUCUCUGUUGCCCUGCUGGGUUUUAGUGUCGUUUGGCCAGUAGAAAUGGUCACAUUACAUUUUGGUGGAGUACAUUUGGGGGAGUUUUGUUAUGAACAGGUAUGAUGGGAGAGUAUUCUGCAUGUAUAUGCAAUAGACAGCACAGUAUAAACCACUGAUGUUGAUCAGAUUAGGUUUGGAAGGAUUAUUUUAUGUGCACCUCACAUGAAAGAAAAGGGACCAUUUAUCAUAUCAGCUGUAUUAGUUUGACAUGCUUUCACACGGUAAACUAGCUUACAAUAAUAAUGUUAGAUAUACAUACCGACAAACACUGUGCAUAAUACGCCGUCCUGGUGAGAAUCAAUUUAAAAAGUAGAGUGCAGUGUCAGAGACAAAAGAAAAUGUGUAUUUUUAAAUGAAAUCUUAUUUCCUAUACAAGUGUGACCAUUAAUAAUCUGGGAUUUGAACUUCCUGUCGUGAAGACGUAAGAUUUAGAUUUGUUACUGCCCAGAGUUCAAAAGAGAGAUUGCCUGAGAAUUGAAAACAUGAGUGAAUGAGAGCCGAGUGGACAAAUCUAUGGAAUCAAAACAAUGAUUAAUAUUUCUUAUAGGAUUUUGGAUUUGGAGUGCUUGUUUUGUUUUAAGUUAUUUAUUUUUGUUUCCUGUGUAAAUAUAUUUAUUUUUGUUAAGAUAACAUCCAGAUUGUAAUUUGUACAGAAUAUGAGAUAGGAAUGUAUUAUGCUUAUGGGAAUGUAUCACUGCUUAUUAAUUGGGGUGGAAGCCAUUUUUUUCCCGUCUUGUUUAAUAAUGCAUUAUUUUGUGUCUGUUUAUUUUAUUGUAUUAUAAUUUGGGGUGGUGUUUGUGCUAGUCGUCUAGGUCAACACUCCCUGCCCUUAUUUAAUUAUAAGUAUUUAAUGUUUUAUAUAUUUCAGAUUGUGUGCUAGGAAAAGGUUUGUGAAGCAAUACUUUAUUCUCUACAAACUUCAGAAUUUCAAUCUUCCAAAGCCUAUUUCUGGGAAAAUCUUUUUGAUAACCCUCAAUGCCAAAUGAAAAGAAGGGCAGCAUGAUUUCUGAUGAUAUUGAUUGUUGUUGUUUUUUAAUGGUGUCUCACUGUCCCAUGGUUCAGGCCAUAUAUUCUGGGAAGGUUAAAGUGGUUUCAGGAUAGUGACCACCGUGAUUAUUCAUGUGUGUGUGUGUGUGUGUGUGUGUGUUUGUGUGUGUGUGUGAAUGAAAAGGAGAGAGAAAACGUGGUGGAGGGUUUUCUGCUCAUUAAGAAAGGCUGUAUCUUCAGGCCUUGGAGCUGUGCCUUUUUCUAUGCAAUAUUACGAACACGUUCAUUUUGAGAAAAAUAACCCAUCAACUGAUGAUCACUGUAUUUGCAUCAAGGUGUGGACUGUAGAAUAUAUCAAAUAUGGACAUGUGUCCAUGAAUUUGAAACAGUCUUACUUUUCUAGUUUCAUACCAUACAAUAAAUGGAUAAAAAUUA